CCUCUCUCUCUUCAAACGUCGAUGUUUGGCGCCUUUCGAGCGACCCAGGUUAACCUUGGUGGCCUCCUCUGGAAGAUUCCGUGGAGAUUAUCAUCCACCAGAAAAGCAAAUGCUCGAGCAAGACUAAAGAAAGUUGACGCGGUUAUUGAAGCCGUAAGGGCUAGCGGGGUUGAGUGCAGUGCACUUGACCAGGCGCUGGAGCUUCCGAAAGAACAUGAAAUGCCUGCACGCGACAAAUACACCAUCUUCUCUCCUCAUGCCAAAGGGUAUAGAAAGGGUAUACAUAAGGUGCCCAAAUGGACAAGAAUGACCCUUCGAACGAAUCCCAAGGGAUUCUAGCCUAUUAUUCGCAGCUGUACUGUAUACAAAAGAUACAUCAUGACAAGAAACACUAAUACGGGGUGCUUCUCAAAACAGUAUCACCUGUAUCUUACCCGCUUUCAUUUGUUUGAUGACCUGUGGACAUCCUAGAACCGUCCUCAUGCACUCAUCCCGUGUUUCCGGUAUGUCCAGCAAGCUUCGCUUCUUGGCGUCCCGAAAGGUGACGUCCAAUAUGAUGUGGGAGAGCGCGGACACUGUCAAUGCAUCUG